GCUGGGCGGGGCCAGGCCGGGGUGGCCCGGCCCAACAAGAGGCCCUGGGUCUCGCCUCGCCUACAUGAUCCCAGAGAAGGGGGGGAAGUCGUGUCUUGCGACGAAAGAAAGCAUUCCCCUUCUGAGUUGGAGUUGGAGAGCAUAAAGUUUUGGUGGGGAGAGACUCCGAAAGUGCUAACACCAGCACAAUGAGCAGCAUAGGAACAGGUUAUGAUCUUUCAGUCACUACCUUCUCUCCCGACGGCCGUGUUUUCCAGAUCGAAUACGCUGCCAAAGCUGUCGACAAUAGUGGGACUGUUGUUGGCAUAAAGUGCAAGGAUGGGAUCGUUAUGGGUGUGGAGAAACUCAUAGCAUCGAAGAUGAUGUUGCCAGGUUCCAAUCGGAGAAUCCACUCUGUCCAUCGUCAUUCUGGCAUGGCUGUCGCUGGAUUAGCAGCAGAUGGGAGGCAAAUUGUUGCACGAGCAAAGUCUGAAGCAACAAAUUAUGAGGGUGUCUAUGGUGAACCCAUACCCGUGAAGGAACUUGCUGACCGUGUUGCUAGUUAUGUGCAUCUAUGCACACUCUACUGGUGGCUCAGGCCUUUUGGAUGUGGAGUAAUUCUUGGAGGUUAUGACAGAGAUGGGCCACAAUUAUUCAUGGUUGAACCUUCUGGUAUUUCAUAUAGAUAUUUUGGUGCUGCAAUUGGGAAAGGGAAGCAAGCUGCUAAAACAGAAAUUGAGAAGCUGAAGCUUUCUGAGAUGACCUGCAGGGAAGGAGUUAUAGAGAUAGCCAAGAUCAUUUACAAGGUACACGACGAGGCAAAGGACAAGGCAUUUGAAUUGGAGAUGAGCUGGGUCUGUGAUGAGUCAAAGCGCCAGCAUCAGAAGGUUCCUGACGAGCUUUUAGAGGAAGCCAAGGCUGCAGCUGUAGCAGCAUUGGAAGAAAUGGAUGCUGAUUAAUACAAAACAGAGCUGGAAUGUUGUUUUUGAAAAAAGGUUCAGUGGAUGUGGAUGUUACAUUGUAAUCGAACUUUCUUCAAAUUCAUCGUUCAUCAUAAACAGAUGUAUUUGUGUACCAUUCAUUUCUACAAAUUUAAUGUAAUUUUGUCUGGACAACUUUCAGUGAGUGAUUUUACGAUGCAAAAUUAUUGAUGGACAGACUCUUCCGUCAAUUUAGUUGAUAAAUCACUCCUUUGGAGUUGGAAAUUGAGUUUGAAGAUAAAAGUUAGCUUAUAUUUUUUCCCAAAA